UUCAAGUCAGUCUGCCGUUAGUCAGUGCAGUGGUAACACAUACACACACGCACGCACGCACGCACACACACACACACGCACGCACGCACACACACACCUCUCUCUCUCUCUAUCUCUGUCUCAAACUAAAUUCGUCAAGAUGGCAAAGGUCACCCAGCUACCCCUACCCGCAAUGAAGCUUGGCGAGGGACCUUUCUGGCUUAGUGAACAGGACACUCUCUUACUCGUGGACGUCUUCGCUAAGGGACUACGAACCUAUCACGUGACCAGCGGCAAGAUGGAGUCCGUCUUCUUCGAUGACCCAGAUGCCCACCGCGCCAGCCUGGUUGUACCCAUUGAAGACAAGCCUGACCAGUAUCUCAUUGGUCUGGGCACAUCCCUGUCCCUGUUAAGUUUGCCUACGGGAACGACACGCAGGGAGCCGAUCAAACCUCAGAUCCUACAGAAGACCCAAGACCCGCACUUCAACGAUGGGAAAGUGGAUUCUAAGGGACGGCUCUGGGUUGGCACCAUGACCUAUCUCGACGAGACCGAGACUCCAGCGGGUCACGAGGACUCAUCCCUCUACAAGCUUGACCUCGACAUGACCUUUACGAAGAUGGUGGACAAGGUGACCAUCUCGAACGGAAUGGCUUGGAGCGCUGAUAACAAGACCUUCUACUACGUCGAUUCCAAGCCGGGUCUUAUCUACGGGUUCGAUUUCGACGAGGAAGCUGGGACACUGACCAAUAAACGUGUGGUAUUUAACUACGAGAAGGCGGGACUGGCCGAUCAAGUACCAGACGGCAUGACGAUCGACACGGACGGUAACCUGUGGGCGGCUUGCUUCGGGGGGGCUCAGGUCAUCCAAGUAGACCCCCGGGCCGGCAAGCUCCUCCGGCAAGUGGCUGUCCCAUCACCCCACGUCACAUCCGUCUGUUUUGGAGGACCCGACCUCGAUACCCUCUUUGUGACAACAGGGACACUCCGCCUUACCCCAGAGCAGCUCAAGCAGUACCCCCAAGCAGGCGGUACUUUCUCCAUCACUGGCCUGGGCGUGAAGGGCUAUCCGUCUAACAAGUUCAGAGGCGACGUCGGGAAGCUCCUUGCAUCAAAGAAUAAAGAGAGAGAGAGAGAGAGAGAGAUGACCUUGAGAUACAGUUACAGAUAUUGCCCUCCCUCACACACUCUCUUUAUCUCUCUCUCUCUCCCAGCAUCCACCCACCCUCUCUCUCACUCUCUCACUCUCUCCAAAGCAGCACCGGUCAGCACUAAGAUGGUCGUGGAGGUUAAGCAGAUUGCCCCGGCGGGUCUGCAGAUCGGCGAGGGCCCGCACUGGGAGGCGUCGCGAGGGUGCCUGCUCUUCGUGGACAUACUUAACGCGGAGAUCCACAGAUUGUACACCAGGACGGGGCGCCACCAGGUCCUGCGUGUGGCCCCAGGCCCCAGCGGUGAUACAGUCUCCUUCGCCAUCCCCGUGGAAGGCCAAGGUGACCUCUACGUAAUAGGUCAGGGGAGGUCACUUUCCCUGGUCGAGUGGCCGGAGAGCGACCCUGACCUCCACAUCCGCGAGGUCAAGGUCACGCUGCACACGGUCGAAGGUCAAAAGUCAGGCAACCGGUUCAAUGAUGCCAAAUGUGACCCCGAAGGAAGGCUUUUUGCAGGCACAAUGGGUCAACAGUCUGGCCCCGGGGAGUGGGAACGUGACCUUGGAAACCUGUACCGGCUUGACCCUGACCUGACCUUGACCCGCUCCGUGGAUAAGAUCACACUUAGCAAUGGUCUGGCCUGGAGUUCUGACCACAAGACAUUCUACUACAUCGACUCCAUGGACUUCGCUGUUGAUGCAUUCGACUACAGCAAGGAGACUGGCAUUAUAACUAACAGAAGGACUCUAUUCGAUUUCAAGAAGAAUGGAUUGUUGAAGGAGAUCCCCGAUGGUAUGUGCAUGGACAGCAACGGAGAUCUGUGGGUAGCCUGCUUCAACGGGGGCAAGGUCAUCAAGGUCAACCCAAGAACCAAAACACUCAUCCAGGAGGUCAAGCUUCCAGCCACCAACAUAACCUCGGUCUGCUUCGGAGGUCAAGAUUACGCGACCUUGUAUGUGACCUCGGCUAGCACGGGCCUGACCCAAGAUGACCUCAAGAAGCAACCUGCGGGCGGGACCUUCGCUGUGACAGGCCUAGGGGUCACCGGCCUGCCCCCCACGGCCUACAGGGUCAAGAAUGAAGCCCUGAAGGUCAAGUUAGGGUAGGUUGGGCCGUGUGGAAAUGCGCGAAGCCUCAGUGCGCACUUUUGUAACAUCAGAGGAACAGGCGCAUUAGAAGGGGUGCGCCGAGCCUCAGUGCGCAAAUUUGUCACAUUAGAGGAAUAGGAGUAUUAUAAGAGGUUUUCAAAGGGAUAUUAGGG